ACCGCUGAUUGGCAGUAAAGGGGUUCACUCCCCAUCUCCUGCUCGAGCAAAAUCGACACAGCCAAUCAGAGCGAGGACUGACGGAGACGACCCAAUCCUGGAGCCGAGCUGAGGGCGGGGGCGGGGACAAAUGGCUCGGGUGGACUCCCGGCUGGAGCUGUCCUGGGGGAGCUUGUUUGCUGCUACUGCUCCUGCGGUGCUGGGAGUCCGGUCGUCAGGCAAAAAGCCCUCUCAGGUUUAAGGGAAGUCAUGAGCCGUUUUCUGAAUGUGUUAAGAAGCUGGCUGGUUAUGGUGUCCAUCAUAGCCAUGGGAAACACACUACAGAGCUUCCGAGACCACACCUUUCUCUAUGAAAAGCUCUACACUGGCAAGCCAAACCUUGUGAAUGGCCUCCAAGCUCGGACUUUUGGGAUCUGGACCCUGCUCUCAUCAGUGAUUCGCUGCCUCUGUGCCAUUGACAUUCACAACAAGACGUAUGCUCUAUCACAUCACACUGUGGACCUUCCUCCUUGCCCUGGGGCACUUCCUCUCAGAGUUGUUUGUAUAUGGAACUGCAGCUCCCACAAUUGGUGUCCUGGCACCCCUGAUGGUGGCAAGUUUCUCCAUCCUGGGUAUGCUAGUUGGGCUCCGGUACCUAGAAGCAGAACCAGUAUCCAGACAGAAGAAGAGAAACUGAGGCCAACAUUACCACCUCUAAGACUUCAUCGUCUUCCACCUUUACUGUCUUUUUCCUUCGUCGUAAUUGAUAUAAUCAGAAAGUGUCCUUUUUCUUGAGCCAUAGUCACAUUCUGGGUUUUUAUUUGUGUUUGUCAAGUCUGACCCAUACUUUUCCUCUGUUCUGUUCCCAUUUCUGUCUGCUCUUUAAUUUCUUCUUUUCUGUUUCAUCAUCAGCCCCUUUAUUCACUUUUAGCCUCUUAAGUUUUUUUUAUAUUUUUAAAAUUUUAAGAUAUAACAUGCAUACAGAAAACUAUAUAACAUGAAUGUACAAUUUAAAGAAUAAUUUUAAAGUGAAUACUCUGUAACUCCAUCCAAGUCAAGAAAUUGCCAGCACCUAAGAAGCCUACUGUGUGUCCUUCUCCUUCCUGCAGCCUCUUCCAGGCUCCCUUUUCCAGCCUCCUGCUUGUUUUCUCUUUUAUUUUCAUUCUUUGAUUUGACUUGUGUGGUGGGAACAUGCGAACUGUGAAACUUAAAGCUGCUGCCCACCCAGAGCAGCUGUGACCAAGGGCUGCUUCAAGAGGUUGUCCACACAGGUUGGGCUCCUCUCUGCUGCUGGACCCAAGACUCUGAACCAUCCAAGGGACAGGCAGUUCUUCUAAGAAGGGCUCUCCUGUGCACAAGCAGGACCAUGGCUCUCCUUCUAUCUACAGAAGGAUGAAGGUUGGAAGAGUCUGGGAUGUUUUUAGACCUUCUGCUCAGUUGUAUUUGUGUAAGGAGUUUUGUAAUAAACAGAAAAACCCUC